UCUCGGGGAAAUUAAAUCUAACGUAACUCCUCUCAACGUCAGAUUUAGCCGGUGACACUCAGAGAAAGAAGAACUACGAGAACGCUGCUGGAUUUACUCUGUUGUCAAAGGAAAGUCAUUCAAGACAGUUCUGGAUUUUAGGUGCAAUAUGACGUUUGAAGAACUUAAUGGAGAUUACUCGAUUGAAAGGAUGGAGUCUGUGAUUAAAGCUCUGGAGGAGGUCCUGCGCUCCGCGUUACCUCAAGGCUGUAUUACAGUUGGGGUCUACGAGGCUGCAAAGUCACUCAAUGCUGACCCCGACAACGUGGUGCUGUGCAUCUUGGCCACAGACGACGACGACGUUAAAGACGUCGCGCUUCAGAUCCACUUCACUCUCAUUCAGGCUUUCUGCUGCGAGAACGACAUCAACAUCCUGAGAGUCAACAACACGCGGAGCCUCGCGCACAUCCUCGGGGGCGCCGGCAUGCACGAGAGCGAGCAAAUGGACCUGCACUGCAUUCUGGUCACUGUUCCACACGCGUCCACGUGGAAGAACCCAGCUUUGGGGAAAGUGAACCGUUUCUGCAGAGAGAGUCGCUGUAUGGAUCAAUGGGUACCCAUUAUUAACCUUCCAGAACGAUGAGGACAGCAAAUACAAGGGGAAAACAUGGAUUUAAAAAAUCUAGUAAAAAAUAAUAAAAGCUUAAAAAGGUGGUCACAAAAAGGACUGAUAGUCCAGACUGGUGGAAGUAGGCCCUAACCUACAGAAUGAACUGGAGGAGGAGCACCCUUUUGCAAUCUGAGAUGAUUCAGCAGUUUUUGGCUUUGUUUGUGGGACUUUUUGAGGACGUCACAGGAAGCUGAUUGUGAAUGGAAGUGAGCACCUGACUAUCUUGUGAGUUUAUAGGUCGGGGUGUCAUAAAGCACUUCAGGUAAUUACAGGAUGAAAUAUUUCUCAGGCAACACAUUAUCAGAGGUAAUUUUUUUUUAAAGAAGCUGCCCUAUCUUUUGUAUUUUGCCAUUAUUAAUGUUGGAAAAUAAAUUAUUUUAAAUGAACUUGAUUCUAAACCACUGAGAUGGAAA